AGAUGGCGUCGCCCGGCGGCGAGGCUGGAGGUAGCGGUGCUUUGCGGGUGUCGUAGGGGCGGGCGGUGCGCAGUGGUCCGCGGGGACAGACGGAGCCGACAGCCAGGGGCCGCCAGGCGCCGCGCAGGUUCUAAAUGGCUUCUAAGAAGUUGGGCUCCGACUCUCAUGGGCCCUUCAGUUAUCUCGAUGAUGUUCCAUUUAAGAUAGGAGACAAAUUCAAAACCCCAGCGAAGGUUGGAUUGCCCAUUGGUUUCUGCCUGCCUGAUUCUUCUCAGCUUGUCAGAGAAGCCCAGUAUGACUUCUCACUGGAAAAGAAAACAAUUGAGUGGUCUGAAGACAUCAGAAAAAUCCAAGCUGCCCAGAGGGAAGCUGAACGCAAGGCAGAAGCAGAAGAACUAGCAAGCUCAAAAUCAGCUCCGGAGGACAGCAACAAGAUGGGAUUCUCAGAGGGACCUUGCCCUGAGGCCAUGCCUCCUCCUAUCAACCCAGUCCUUGCUAGCCUGCAGCACAAUAAUAUCCUUACUCCCACGCCAGCCAACAGCAGUGCUGUGAAGCAGAAGGUUCUCAGUCCACCUCGUCCAAAAGCAGACUUCAACCCAGCUGAUUUCGAAUGUGAAGAAGACCCAUUUGAUAAACUGGAAUUAAAAACUAUCGAUGAUAAGGAGGAAUUAAAAAAUAUUCUUGAAAUUCAUGUUGGUACUACUGGGCCAAUUGUUGCCCAGCUGUUAGAUAACACCUUGCCCAAAGGAGGGUCUGAGUCUGUACUGCAAGAUGAGGAAGUUCUGGCAUCCAUAGAAAGGGCCACGCUGGACUUCAAGCCCCUUCACAAACCCAAUGGCUUUAUCACUUUACCGCAGUUGGGAAACUGUGAAAAGAUGUCCUUGUCUUCCAAAGUGUCCCUGUCCCCAAUCACUUCAGUGAGCAAUAUAAAAUCCCUGUCCUUUCCUAAACUUGACUCCGAUGAGAAUGAUCAGAAAUCAUCAAAGCUCACAAGCACUUUCCAUAGCACUACCUGUCUCCGCAAUGGCACUUUGCUCAGCUCUUUGCAGACCUGUGCUCAGAGCAAAGCUAGUGAACUGAAUGGACACCACAUGGUUGGUUUUUCUGCUCUAAAUGAGGACAGUGGCAUGGAGACAUCAGCGUUAUCCUCUUCAUCCAGGCUGCCUUCCCUGGCUGUGUCGACAGUUUGUACAGAAGAAGAACCACCUCAAAGCACAGCGACUACGGUACACCCAGACUACAAGGAAACAGAAAUCCCUGUGGUAACACACCAAAAUUUCCCAGUGUCUAAAGUGCCCAAUAACACCAGCCGUGCAAAGUGGACGGGUGGCCCCGCUCCAGAGCUACAGCAGGCGCUCUCCGCUAGUGAGAGGCAGUGCAUAGAGACAGUCGUAAACAUGGGGUACUCACCUGAGAACGUCCUGAAAGCCAUGAAGAAGAAGGGACAGAACAUAGACCAGGUUCUGGACUACCUGUUUACACAUGGACAGCUUUGUGAGAAGGGCUUUGACCCACUUCUUGUUGAAGCAGCUUUGGAAAUGCAUCAGUGUUCAGAGGAGAAGAUCACAGAACUCCUCCAGCUAAUGAGUCAAUUUAAAGAAAUGGGCUUUGAACUAAAAGACAUUAAGGAGGUCUUAUUAUUACAUAACAACGACCAACACAACGCUUUGGAAGAUCUAAUGGCUCGCGCAGGAGCCAGCUGAAAACACAUUCCUGGAUUCUUGGCGUGCAGCGGAGCAGGGCCAGCCCUGCCACCUCCACAUCCAGUGUGACUUGCUCUCUGCAGGAGGGAGCCUGGCUUUUCACAUGCAGGGGAGAGUGACUGAGCAAGCCCGCCCGCGUGCAUCACUCUAGCAUUUCUCUUUCCACUGAAAGCCAACUUUCUUUCUUAAAUUAAAUUUUUAAAGUGUCCUUUCCUAAGUUUCCUUUUUCCAGCUUGGCCACGGAGAGUUUAGACUGCCCAGCCUCUACUGGAAUUGUAUGUAGGUAGAGACAGGAGUGGUUUCCUCCCCUCACUGUUGCACUGGAGUUGGACAGAAGAGCUACUAAGUUGGUUCUGAAACUAGGAUGCUUUGGUUCUUUGAAGCUGCUUUCAUGGUGUCUUGUCUGCUUGUACUGAAUUACUUGACUGUGUCACAGUCCAGAUUAACUGAGUAAAUUUGACCUUUAGUGCAAUGGAGUUUUAUUUUUUUGGUCAAAAGUUAGUAUGUAAGUUAGUAAAACACUGGUUCAGAAGCUGUCGCUAUGCAUAAAGAGAGAAGCAGUUCCUCUUGUGGGUUUUCUUUGGUUUGGUUUGGUUUUAUUUUUACCCAUGCAUCCAGCACUUCUGCCAAUACUGAGUGGUGUGUAAGUUCUCUUGCAACAGGUAAGCUGUGAACUCUGCCUGGAUCUGCAGCUUGUGUUGGUUCUUGAACCUGAAGGCAGAGAGCUGGGGCUCAGUAUUCUUAAUCCCCCAGGCUUGUAGGCUAUUUAAGACAAUGCCCUGCUAGGAUAUCAGUUAACUUUUCAUUUUACAUAUUACUCAGUGUGAUGCAGGAAGUUUCUUUCAAGCACUUUCUUUAAAACAAAUAUACUCACUGCAUUAGUUCCAUUUCUCACACUGCUAUAGAAUUACAUUAUAACAUCUAGUACUAGAAACCAAGUUUUGGGUUGUUUUUGAUAGCUCAGACUAUUAAGUUGUACAUUGUUCAAGUUCUACAUACAUCAAGUAUCAGCAGUCUUGAGGAAUCUUUAAAGUAAUUUGCUAAAUAUUUUGACUCUGCAGAAGAACAACUAAUAAAGCCCUCAAAUAUGACUCCCAGUGUCAUGGUUCCCGUCUCUCAUGCAAAUUGACUUCAGCAGAUGAAGAACUUGCUGGAUCCUGCCUGCUCCUGUAGGCACACAUGAAUUGUCCAUGUCAGGAAGAGCAAGGAGGUCUCUGGACAAGCAGCUGCAGUGAUGGAAUGUGCUGCUUUUUCCUGUGGCUUAUUUUUGUGUUGUUUCAAAAACCAAAUCUUGGGAUCCAAACUCAUGUUACAGCAUGGAGCUGGGAGCAUUGGACUUCAGAGGGGAAGACUGCUUGGCUCGUUGCCUGAGUACGUGUUUCAUUAGGAGGUUUUUGGCUCGUCAGGACUCUGAAGGAGACAUUAAGUUGUUAAACUUUAUAUGACCAAAACAUCUAAUCCAAGUCCAGUGUUAACUCCUGGAAUUCCCUGUGGGGUGCUCAACUAUGGUAAUUACAUUACUUAAAAUGAUGGUGAGGAGACAUGUAGCUGGCCAGUAUGUAGGAGAUGUGGAGGUGGAUCAUGAGUACGACCGUGGCACAUUGCCUUGCAUCAUAUCCUGUCAUGUUCAGCCUCACCAGUUUAUAGCGGUGGGGCUGAAGUUAAAACUUGUCUGAGAAGGACAUUCUGCAUCUGAAGGCUGGAGGCAUGUUUCUGGGCAACCUCUCACAGAAGUGAAGACCACGGAGUAUGGGGAUUAACAUGGUGAUUUAGGGGAGAGGCACUUCUGAAGAACCAUGUAACAAGUGACACAAUGUGAUGAGACUUCAGUGUUGUUCUGGGUGCUGGGGAUCAAUAGUUACUAUAGGACUGUAGCUUCUUAUGUCAGAUUGAUUUAUGUACCUGAUUUACGUACCUGGCACUGUUUUGACUUUAUCAGAGGCUGCUCUGCUGCCUUGUGCUAGCUGCUGCCAUGUACCAAGGCCUGGAUACCUCGAUGGAAAGGCUUGUCCAGAAGUAUGGAUGCAGAGCCGAAAUCUGUGGUUGUCCGUUGAGCCAUCGACUCCUGAAGCUGCCUCCUGACAGUUCUGGAGAGCAGCAGCUUGGCAGGGACUCUGAGCUGAGGGCUCCCACUCUGCCCACUGGGAUAAAAAGUGCUCCUGUGCUCAUUGCCUUGUUUUGAGGGUGACGCUGUGGGAGCCCUGAGGCUUUCUUCAGUGGGCCUCAUGGCUCUUCCAGUGGCUUGGCUCUGCUGGAGCACCCCAGGGCCUGCAUCAUCAGCUCUGCUGCACGGUGUGUGGCAGGGCAACUUUCUAUGCUGGGCAGGACAGUGCAUUCUGCUGGUGGUGCAGCAAAACCUGGUGCAAGGGUUGGCCUCACGUGCCUGAAGGACAGCUUGCGAAACACCAGCCCUGUCAACAGGCCAGGUGUGAAGGGGAUCUCUACCCAUUCCCAGCCCCAGUUAAUCUUUAUGUAAUCAAUCAAACUGGCAUUUUGAUCACAUUUACUAUAAAAUUCUACCAGAGUUCUGUAGCAAAUUGAAUUUUAUUUUAAAUAAUGUCAAUUAUUCAAAUAAAAUAUCAAGCAUCUGC